UGGAGAGGCGAUAUGGCGGGAACCAGUCUCGGGACCCGUUUCUACCGGCAGAUCAAGAGACAUCCCGCUCUCAUCCCGAUGAUUGGCUUCAUUGGCCUGGGCAUGGGCAGCGCUGCUCUCUACUUGCUGCGCCUGGCCCUACGCAGCCCGGACGUAUGCUGGGACAGAAAGAACAACCCAGAGCCCUGGAACCGCCUGAGCCCCAAUGACCAAUACAAGUUCCUUGCAGUUUCCACGGACUAUAAGAAGCUGAAGAAGGACCGGCCAGACUUCUGAGCCUGGCUGGGGCACCUCGAUGUACAUGCAGGCACUUCAGCCAGCCUCAUUUCUUCCACCUUCUGCCCUUUCCCUGCCCCCCUGCCCCACCUCUCCCCACCCCCCGCCCCCAGGGGGCCACUCUCGCCACCCUAUCCAGCUCCAGAGUACCAAAGCCUGGUUCCCACGAGGAGGGGAGGCAGCUCCGCCCCCACCCUCUUCCCUUGCUCCCUGCAGCGGAAGCACCUCUGACCCUCAGCUUGAGUCCCACGUAGGCGGGAGGGGGAAUUAAAGAGAUGGGGCAGCAGCUGGAUGGACCCAAAAGGAUCAAGCUGGCCCCUCUGCUGGGCAACAGGGAACUUGCAGGGUGUGGCACAGGCUACGUGUUGCACGUGGCAGUGGUGAGCUGAGA